AUGGUUUCCCAGAAGACGACCGCCGAAACGAAAUCUUCUCGGGUAAUUAUAAACCUGUCGCCGGGCUCGUCGACUUUGGUCAUUCUGUUCGGCUGGGCUGGAUGCCAUGACCGAUAUCUAAAGAAGUACUCUGACUACUAUGAGAAAGCAGGGUCACAUCUGCCACCGAUUCGCGUACAACAACUCCUAUUCGCACAAAUUUCGCAGGAUAUCGAGUCGGUACCAUCAACUUGCGAAGAAUUCUUCCGUGAAGUAUCGAGAAGGAAACGCGCACAACACCUCCUCCAAAUCUUAUUUCCAAUUUUGUUUUUUUCGAUGAAUGGCUGCUCGACGUUCACCACGUUCUGGGACCUGCUGGAUAAAAAACCAAACGGGGAUUCUUUCAAGCAACGUGUUCAAGGCAUUUUGUUCGAUAGUUUUUUCAAGCUCUCUCCUGCUUUCACGACUCCUUCACAGUCAGCAAAUGCCAUCUCAUUUGCAUCAAUGCCUCCAUCGAAAUAUCACGCUGUUUUUCGGGAAUCGUAUCGAGCCAUUCUCUAUGCCUACUUCUCGCUUCACCAGUGA